CAAGAAAUUAUAAGAAGAAGAUUUGUUGCUAUUCAAGAGUUAAGUUUACGUCCGCUGGCAGCACCAUCUUCCGGUUCUUCUUAACAUCGAUUCAUGUUUCCCGUUUUGAGCGUCAGUCGUACGUUGUUGUUUCCAAGGUAUCUUAUAUCUCUGCUUAAAGAAAUCUAAACUAAAAAUGGCAGACAACGAUGAUCUUUUGGAUUAUGAGGACGAGGAGCAGACUGAACAGGUUGUGGAUGGAAGUGGUGAUGUUCCAGCAAAGAAAGAAGUCAAAGGAACCUAUGUAUCGAUUCACAGUAGUGGUUUCAGAGACUUCUUGCUUAAACCAGAAAUCCUGAGAGCCAUCGUUGACUGUGGUUUUGAACAUCCUUCUGAAGUACAACACGAGUGCAUUCCUCAAGCUGUACUUGGUAUGGACAUUCUGUGCCAAGCCAAGUCCGGUAUGGGAAAGACUGCAGUCUUUGUACUGGCCACCCUUCAGCAACUGGAGCUCACAGAAAAUCAAGUCUAUGUCCUGGUAAUGUGUCACACGCGAGAGCUAGCCUUCCAAAUAAGCAAAGAAUACGAAAGAUUCAGCAAAUACAUGUCUCAAGUGAAGGUGGGUGUAUUCUUUGGUGGCUUACCAAUCCAAAAAGACGAAGAGGUAUUAAAGAACACCUGCCCUCACAUCGUGGUAGGCACACCAGGACGUAUACUUGCUCUGGUACGCAACAAGAAAUUGAAUUUGAAACAUUUGAAACACUUCAUCCUCGACGAAUGCGACAAGAUGCUCGAGUUGCUAGAUAUGCGCAGAGACGUACAGGAGAUAUUCCGUAGCACGCCACACGGCAAACAAGUCAUGAUGUUCAGCGCUACCUUGUCCAAGGAGAUCCGGCCAGUCUGCAAGAAGUUCAUGCAAGAUCCCAUGGAAGUCUACGUCGACGACGAAGCCAAGCUCACUUUACACGGGUUACAGCAGCAUUACGUGAAACUCAAGGAAAAUGAGAAGAACAAGAAACUCUUUGAACUGUUAGACGUUCUUGAGUUCAAUCAGGUUGUCAUAUUUGUUAAGUCAGUGCAAAGGUGCAUGGCCCUUGCGCAGUUACUCACUGAACAAAAUUUCCCUGCAAUUGGAAUUCACAGAGGAAUGACACAGGAGGAACGUUUAUCCAGAUAUCAACAGUUCAAAGAUUUCCAAAAGCGUAUAUUGGUGGCUACGAAUCUAUUCGGACGUGGAAUGGACAUUGAACGUGUCAAUAUUGUUUUCAACUAUGACAUGCCUGAAGAUUCUGAUACGUAUCUUCACAGAGUGGCUCGUGCUGGUCGUUUUGGUACCAAGGGUCUUGCUAUUACUUUAGUAAGUGACGAGAGUGAUGCCAAAAUUUUAAAUGACGUCCAAGAAAGAUUCGACGUCAACAUCACUGAACUACCUGACGAAAUUGAUUUAGCCUCGUAUAUUGAGGGCCGAUAAAAUUGGGACAGAAAGCAUGAUUAAUUGCAGCUGCUUUUAUAAUAAUUCUACAGUAUUGAAAGACUGUAGCGGAAGGAGGUAUCUAUCUUGUAGGAUGGAGGAAGGAGCACUUGAAACUAAUAUUUCCACAUCCACUUCGCGCAACCCCUUCGAUCUUUUUUCUACGAAAAAAAAAAUAAGAGGACGUAGACUCUCCAAUUUUCAACGGAAAUAAUUUUUUGUUGACAAUGCGGUCAUAACAAUACUUUCCAAGUCGAUAAUAAAUAUCAAAUGGUUACUGUACAAUAUUAUUUAUAUUUUAUUCCAAGACUAGCGUGUAAGGAGGUAUUACUAGUGUAACGUAAAUGUGGAGAGGCUGCGCUAAUGUAUGUUGUAUAUCGUAAAAUCGAAUAAAAGUGACAUUUUUUUUGUAGAAACUGA